UCUCAGUAUCGUAGAAGUGAACGUUGCCCUGGAUUGGCUGUGAAGAGCUGAAUAGCAUGAUUCACAUGCUUAGUAUUCUCCAACAGUCACAAAGAAACUCUGCAACAUUUUUCUCAGAAAGUAUCUGUUUGUUUGUUUGUAUGUAGAAAAAUUCUGUCAAAUGACCGUUGGCAAUACGGUAGUUUUUAUAUAUAGAGAGAGUAUAGCAAAAAGUAGAGAAAUAAUGUAAACCGUUGCCUACAAUUGUCUAAUUAUAGGCAAUUCUUUUGAUAAAGACUUCUAAGUUUGAGUGAUCAGGCACGGGUUUCUGUGCCGUAAAAGUAUACUGUAAUCAUAAAGUCUGAGAUCAAUAUAUGAACUUUGAUUUUUGAGAAAAAAAAGUUGUUUUCUUGAGUAUGGCAGCCAAGAUGUUGUUCAAAGUUGUUUUGAUGUUCAUGGUGGUGAACUGUUUUUCAUGGUUUGGUAGUGGGUGGAGUUUUGAGCGUCAUAAGCAGUCUGCUCUUGAAGAAGUGAAGAAAGAUUAUGAUGAAUGGAUUUCAUGGCAGAUUCUACAGAGAAGUAGCAAUUUGGGUUAUAAUGUGAGGGAUGAGGAUAGGGGGAGUAGUUCAUUAAGUGGACUUGAGAAGAAACUUAGAGAGGCUGAGAAGAAUAAGAGAGUAAUUAUAGUCUGCCCAAGUGGAAGGGGAGAUUUCACAACCAUCAGAGAUGCUGUGCACAGUAUUGAUAUUAAUAAUACAAGGAGAACUGUUGUAUAUAUCAAAGCUGGAAUUUAUAGGGAGAAGAUAUUGGUGCCCAGAGCCAAGCCAUUUGUGACCUUUGUGGGAGAUGAAUCAGAGCAGCCAAUUAUAACAGGCAAUGACACUGCAUCCACUGUAGGAAAGGAUGGCCAGACAAUGAAAACAUUCCACAGUGCUACUGUGGCUGUGAACUCUGAUUACUUUAUAGCUUAUAACAUCAGAUUUGAGAACACAGCUCCUUAUCCAGAAGAAGGAAGUGAGGGAGGGCAAGCAGUUGCUCUGAGAAUCUCUGGCAGCAGGGCAGCCUUCUACAAUUGCAGUUUCUAUGGAACUCAGGAUACCCUGUAUGAUCAUAAGGGCCUGCACUAUUUCAAGAGCUGCUUCAUACAGGGAUCAAUGGACUUUAUCUUUGGUUAUGGAAGGUCACUCUAUGCGAAUUGUCUUAUCCAGUCCAUAGCUAAAGGAGUUGCAGCCCUUACAGCACAAAAGAGAAGCAGAGCCUCAAUGGCUAGUGGCUUCUCCUUCUUAAACUGUAGAAUUACUGGAUCUGGCUUGGUCUAUCUAGGUAGAGCAUGGGGAGACCAUUCCAGGGUGAUAUUUGGCUAUACUUACAUGGAUAGCAUUGUUCUUCCAGAGGGCUGGAAUGACUGGGGAUGUCCAGAAAGAGAAAAGACUGUGUACUAUGCCCAGUAUAAAUGCAGAGGACCUGGAGCAAAUACAACAGGCAGAGUGCAGUGGGGAAGGAUUCUUAGUGCUGAGGAGGCCUCACCUUUCUUCUCCACUUCCUUCAUCAGAGGCACAAAAUGGCUUAUGGGCAACCCAUCCCUAUCCCUUCUCAUACCCCCUCUCAUCUGCUAGUCAAAAUUUCAAUCAAACAAUUCAUUCAUUUCAACUGCAGUCUUCACACUGGAGAUCAGCCCCUGUAUUUAAUGCCUGCAUUAAUUGAAGUGCAGAGCAUCUAGAUCAGUUGCCAGAGAGCCAAUGUAAUAGCUAGUUGUAUCGGUUGCCUUCAUUAAAAAUUUUCCAAAUGUGUAAGGCGAAUGAAGAAAUUUUAAUACGACAAUUAUUUCAUUUCA